AUUGUACUUGGAAAUAGUGCCAGUGCUGAGUGCUUACUGCAGGACUAUGGGCUGCAGGGAAGACACUGAGAGAUACCAGUAAUAAUAAUCUAUAUAUGACCAUAAGCAGAACUGGGGGGACACGUGCUGACACCCCAGUCACUGGCAUUGCUCUGUGCUGCAGACUGAAUGUACAUUUGCUGCUUAGAUUCGACUGAGGCACAGGAAAUGGUUGCCAGCUCACAGUGAAACCCUAUGCUGCUGCUGCUGCAACAUCCCUUUGGGAACUAUGGAGAAGACCUGCUGUGAGUAACAGAUCUCUGCUAAACAAGUUCACCUCAUGCAGCUGUUUUUGUGGGAGGAUCGCAAUGGACCCUGACAGCACCCAUGAAGUACCCAAUGCCUACUAAUACUUGAAUCUGCAAUCCCCCUUUACUCUGAGAGCCCUGGGUGCAGCCGAUAUCAAUAUAGUAUCUGCUUUAUAAUCGGCUUGCAUAGCAUACAGAUUGUUGAUCCCUUUGCAAACAGAAGAUUGGGGAUUUACCUAUGGAGAUCUGGAGAUAGACAUUCCUCACCCAGAAUAUAUCUAUUUAUAUACCUAGACCUGCUGUGGUAGGAGUCACAGCCCCUGGGAGAAGGACUGGGCGGUAGGUGCUAUGAGCUUGGUAGGGGGCUUCCCUCACCACCCGGUGGUGCACCAUGACGGGUACCCGUUUGCAGCUGCAGCAGCGGCCGCGGCCAGUCGCUGCCACGAAGAGAACCCUUACUUCCAUGGCUGGCUCAUCAGCCACCCCGAGAUGUCUCCCCCCGACUACAGCAUGGCACCGUCCUAUAGCCCGGAGUACGCCAAUGGCGCGGCCGGCCUGGACCACUCCCAUUACGGGGGUGUCCCGGGAAGCGGGCCCGGUGGCUUAAUGCAGAGGCCUGUGAAACGCCGGGGCACCGCAAACCGCAAAGAGAGGCGGCGGACUCAGAGCAUCAACAGUGCCUUCGCCGAGUUGCGGGAGUGUAUCCCCAACGUGCCCGCCGACACAAAGCUCUCCAAGAUCAAGACGCUGCGCCUGGCCACCAGCUACAUCGCCUACCUCAUGGACCUGCUGGAUAAGGACGAGCAGAGCGGGGAGACGGAGGCCUUCAAGGCGGAGAUCAAGAAGACAGAUGUGAAGGAGGAGAAGAGAGGAAGAAAGAGCUGAAUGAACUCUUGAAAAACACAGUUAGUAGCAACGAUAAGAAAACUAAAGGAAGGACUGGCUGGCCACAGCAUGUAUGGGCUCUGGAACUUAAACAAUGAUCCUAUGGACU